AAGAUCAUGUGAUUCGAAAGGUGGGGCGUCAGACCCCGAUGGAGAGGAGAAAAACAAUAGGGGGUAUUGAUUUUGAAACAAUUGCCUCCUCUCAGGCUGGUGAGUACCAGACAGCAUUCAUCAAAGUGUGCUCUGAGAUGAUCCAACCUGACCAUGAUGUAUUCCAACCUACUGCCCAAUGUAGCUGGGAAAUAAAUCUUCAAAGUGUAAUUCAACAUGUCAGAAAGACAUUUCUAAGGUCACUGAAGCAUCUCUCUCUUGAGUAGUUAUCAGUAGACCUUAGAAUAAAACUAUUUAUGGUUUGAUUGGGAGACAGAGCCCUUUUAAAAACACAACAAAAAGCAAAUAAUAAAAAGCCCGGUCAUAAACUACAUCUUUCUGGACAAAGACCUGUUGAUAAGACCAAGAAUACAGCCCUAAUCAAGGUCAUAAGGAAACUGGCAUCACACUGUGAAGCUACUCCAGACCUUGAUUUGCCAUAAAGCGAAGUCAAAUAACAAAAAACUGUUCAGAUGUUAAAAGACACUGUGCAUGGAUUAAUGGACACAGGACUGUCAGAGUUAGUAACAAAUAUAACAGAAUAAAAAGUUCCAUGAGAAACUUGAAAACUGUCUAAUUUCCUCAGAAUUUCCUGGGAAGUGUAAUUUGGCAAUGGUUAUACAGAAAAUAGAGAAUGUGUUCAAUUAGUAUACUUCUAAUGAAUUAAUUCAAAUGCAUUGCUACCGUAGAGUCUUCUCGCCAGCAGGUCACCUGAACAUGCAAAAUGUGAAACUUGUCUACAGGCAUGCAUUCACGUCAACAUAUGCUAAAUAAAGUUUUUAAAAGGUAAAUUCAUAAUAAAUUAUUAUUUACUUGGAUAUAAAAGGAGCCAUUGUUCAGAAAAAGUCAUGUUUUGCCUAUUAUUGGUACCAAAUAAUAUCUCUUUAAUAAGGGAAUUACUGAUCUAUAAAAUAAAGGAUUACCCAAAGAUCUGUUGCUUUCGAUCCACCACAAUAGCAAAUAUCAGCCCAAUUUGGUGUCUAAAUCCCCCAUUCAGCUGAAAAAAACACAAACAAGAUACCGGCUCCUGUGGUAUACCUUCCCUGGAAAGCAGUCUCAGAGUCCUAUGAGUCGGGUCAAAGCUGUAGAUGGUAUGAAUGAAAGGGAAGAGGUGAAAUGGAGAUGAAUAUCAGCACAGUGACUGUGCAAAUAGCCGAGAUUGACUCAACCUGGUGUGGUCACAGUAGACCACUCCAGAACAGGACAGAAAUAGCCAGCAAGCUACAAGUCCUGAAUACGUGCAGAUGGGUAAAAGGGUCAACUGUCACUGGGGCAGGAAUGAGGCAGAGAGAGGGAGCGAACCAGAGGGGCAGAGGCUCCAUUAUCAGACACAAACAUACAGGAAAUCAGACCUAACAUAUUUACAGUACAAGGAUUGAAAGAAAAUAAGAAGGCCAGCGGAUCUGAAGGAACUGGGAGCUGUUUUAUGUGUUGUGACCUUCAUUUUCUAUGAAAAGAGGAGAUCAAUUGCAGAUUUCAGAGACAGCUCCUUCAUCCAAACCAAGGAGAAACUGUGUGUCUCGGUCAAAGCUAUGUCCGCUCUCUAUCUGUCCAAGGUGGUACCUCAGGGUUCAACACACAGCUUUUUAAAACCGGCACAAGGUCAGUUAUCUGAAUCUGGGAAAAGAGUCAAACCAGCCAAGAUGGCCGAAGACCAAAGAGGGAAAGAUGACCUCUCUCCACCUUCUUCAGUCAGACAUCAGCCAGCACCAAAAGACAUCCCACAGUCCAUGCCUUCCCAACUUUCGAAAGAAAAGCUAUACCAACAGCGGCAGAAAUGUGAGCUGAGAAGGCUCCUGAAGCACACUCACCCAGAGCUGAAGAUGUUAGAUGAAGUUGUGGAUGAAGAGCUUGCUGAGGUUUUGCGCUCAGAGACUGAGCUGACAGCUGGUGAAACUGGAUACGAGGGAGAGGUCCUUUCAAGAUGCUUGAUAUUUGAGAACUGUGCCCUGAGUAACAAAGUAUCUCCUUACACCUCUAAGAUGCACAAGGCAGAGGGAAUGGUGGAGAGAGACGAUGUCAGUAAAACAUUAGCUGUGUUUAAGGAACAUGAAGAGAGUCCUUGUAAUGAAAGUGAUAAAGGGAUCAUGGAGGAUGAGAAAAUGCUUGGGUCUAGUCCAGAUCCUAAUAGAGAGUGUGAGGAGGAGAUGAUACGAAUAGAUGUUAAGGCUACUAGAAGGUUAUUUGAGAGUAAAUCUGUGAACACAUACAAACCUAAUCCAGAUAGGUUUGAGGCAAAAGUUUCUCUUUCUGGCGAUGAGACAGAGGCAGUCCAAAAACAAAAACAGGAGUUUGAAAUGUGUACCAAAGAGAAUCUGCAUAGCGAAAACAAAAGCAAUGCAUGUUCCACAAGUCUUGGCAUGACGGAUCAGGCCAAUAAACAAAGCCCAUGUGUUCAUAUCAUUGGUCAAAGCACUGACUAUGAGUUGUAUGGUAGGGAAGAAGUUUCUACAGGUGAAACAGUCUUUGAGGGUGAGCCUACAAGCCUUUCUGAUCCAGAAGAAUUUAGGAAAAUAAUCAGAACGAGUGCGACACUUUUCCAAAACAACCCAUUUAUCCCAACAAACAUUGAAAGAGAACAUUCCUUUGUGCAUACAUCAAAAUCCCAAAGCCCAGCAGAAAACACUGGGGCAACUCAGGACUAUCUGAUAGCUAAUGUCAAGAACAGAGCCCACUUGUUUGAAUCAAUGCCAUUUGACAAAAUUAGGCAUCAGGACAAGGACGAAAUUGAGACGAUGGUGGCGAACAUCAAGGAAACACUGAAUUCUCUUUAUCAUGUCAAUGCCAUACAUUCAGAUGGCUCAAUCAUUGAGGUGAAAGAGACAAUGAUAGCCAAAAAGGCCAAAUUCACACUAUCAGAGAGUGGGCCUAAAAUAAAAUAUGACGAGGUGGCUGAAGGUGGUGCACAAAACUUCCUACUCCAGUUGCUACCACGAGCAAACCUAAAGCCUAAGAUCACUUACCUAAAGGAGGGUAGUAAAGGAAGCAUGGCAGCCACAGUGGUGAAUGUACCCGUGCACCAGCAUCACUUCACUACCAACCAAGAUACAGAGUUUAAAACUGCCAAUGUGGUUCAGCUUGUUGAGGAUAUUCUCAAUCAAGAUAACUCUCUGCGGAAGGGAGUGAUUAUCCAGGAGGAUGCGGAUAGAUGUGCUGAAGUUGUUGUUUACUCCCUCUACAAUUAUUUUGAUGAGGUUGAUGUGAAAAUGUAUUGUCCCCCUCAAGGUACAGAGUAUGAUGAAACAGAGCCAGAAAGAGGUGAUGUGAGUAAAGCAGACUAUCAAGAACUAAGAAAAGGGUUUAUUGAAUCAACCAUAAGCUGCCUUCUAGAAACUCCCAAAGAUCAAACUUGCCAAGGAUCCAUAAGGCCUGAAAUCACAGUUAAAGGGAAUGUAAAAUUGUUUAAGAGUUGUAUUGAAAAGGGAGAUUUAGAGUAUUUGAAAACUCUCCAGCCUGAACCAACAGUGCAAGAACAACAACUCACUCCUAACCAAAAUGUGCCUGGACAAGGCCUUGAACUUCAUCAUGAACAGAGAAGUGAUCAAUUUGAGGAGAGUAAUUCAGAAUGGGUCCCAGUGGAUGUAAAGAGACUAAAAAACAUGUUCUCUGGAUAUCAAAGACCAACCCAACUAAAGCUAAAUGUAUGUGAAAAUCGUGCUCAAUCUACCACCAUUUCUUCUGCAUUCAAAGCUCAAAAUGUGUCACUUGGAAAGAGCCGGUCCUCUACAGAAUGCAUUCAUGUGCAAGUAAAGAAUAGCUGUAGGAAGUGUGGUGGCAAAACACAAGAAGUACGUAACUCUAUACUUGCACCACAGGGAUCAUACCUACAUCUUGAGACACAGGACGAUGACAGGGUCCACCAGGCUGAAUUAGUCGAGGUGGUAGAUGACAAUGACGAGAUCUCUAAACUCCAAACUGCAAUACAUAGUCUCCGACAGGCCACAAUCGAGGCCAAAUCUUUGCAUCACUCAUCACAAGAAAAACUUCUUGUUCAAGAACCUGUUGUCUCAGAUACCUCAGGUGAUAUUAAACACUUAAGAACAGAUGCAGAAUUACCUCAAGAAAAUGAGGACCAGAAAAGGGAUGUACAUGAGACAACAUGGGAUGAACUCCCAUCAACCUCAAACAUCACCUCCGAACAUAAAUCAGACUGCCAACACGAGGAUACAGAGACAUGCUGUGAAGACAUUAAUUCUGAAGAAGUACAAACUAUUGAGACAUGCAGCAAAAUGGGUCAACAAGGCCAAGAGGUGGUCCAGAAAUACUUUCAAGCUGCAAUGGUGUCUGUACAUAGUGCAGAAACAACCACUGCACAGCCAGAAGAUGAGGAAGUUGUCUUUCACGGUAAACUUCAAGCAGCUUUGGAUUCCCUGGAGAGAUCCAAUAUCAAUGUAAGUAGAGGAGAUUUCAGAGCAGCUAUGAUAUACCAUGUGACUGAACCUAAAUCAAUUCAAGCACCACUGACACAUGAGGUCUCCAAAGAUCAAGUGACUGCAGCAAAUGCGGCGUGCCCAAGCCAAAGUGAAACUCUAAAUAAACCAGCUACAAGCGCGGUCUCAGAGAAAAGCAGAAGGUCUGUUGGUCAAAAACCAGCCAUCCCACCUAAACCGGAGCAUUUAAAAGUGAAACAAAGAGACAUUCAAUCAAUCAACACAAAGAAUCUUGAGGCAACCCAAACUAAUACUGUGGAACCCAAAGAGACAGUUCCUCAACGAAUGGCAAUGACAUCGAUGUCACAUAAGGAUGAACUUAAGCAAGGCCUGUUCAAAAUUAACACUGGUGCAGACUCAGGGCCUGAUUCAGUGGAAUAUCAAAGAAAUAAGCUUUUUGAUGAAGCUACACAGAUGGCAGAAGGAAUUGAAUUGAAGGAAAUUGAAGUAAGGGAUCAAGUCCGAGGUUCAGUCGUCAUCUUGGAAAGUGAUAACUCAGAUAAGAAUAUCAUUAAGCGACAACAGGAGAUAAAAGCCACAGCAGAAGAGAAAAGCCCCCAGGAUUUCCCAAUCAAAGAGAAUAUGAAUGAAAGAGAUGAAAGCCAUGUAGAUUUUCAUGAAGCAUGUAAGAAAUUUGGAGGUAAAAAGGCAUUUUCAGCGAAAAAUGCUCCUGUAAAGCCAAAAAGAGUAAAAAUUCCCCAGCCUGACAAUAAAAACCCAAAACACAUGUCUGGAGAUAAUUCCUCAAUUUUCACACAUGUGGUUGAGGAACCAAAACCAACUCUUACUGAUCCAUUGUGCAAUAACCCAAACACCUGUGGACAAGCUGCUGACAGCAAAGACAAGUAUGAAAAAGAAAUUAAACAAGAAGGCAAAGUUGAGAUGAGGGGAAAGAAAGCACGAACCGAGACAGAGGAUGAACGCCGACAGCGUCUGUCAGUUCACAUGGAUGAGAUCUUAAGAGGGAACAUAACGGCAGCCAUGGAAAUAUUUGACAACUUACGAAAGCAGGAGGAACUUCAGAGUAUUCUUAGUCAAGUUGAGGAAGUUGAACAGGAUACGAGCGAGGUUGAUGUAAGGUCUCUGAGGGGAGUCUUUGAGAACGUCCCUGACCGGGUUGUCAGCUCAAACAAAAAGAAACUAAAAAAGACUAAAGAAGAGAGGUUGCCAUUAACGAGAGACAACACUGAAAACAAGUCCUCAAUGGCACAUGUUUUUGGAGAUCUUGAGCGAGCCAGUGAAGAAAUCAUGAAUCUAAAAGAACAGACUUUAGCCAGACUUAUGGACAUAGAGGAAGCCAUAAAGAAGGCUCUUUAUUCUGUCUCUACCUUGAAAUCUGACUCAGAUAUUGCCGGUUUAUCAUGCCUGUUCAAAGAGUCAUUAGGGACAGAGCAAGGAUCCCCAUCCUUUGGUAGUAUUAGCAAAAUUAGCAUCGGGUCAAGCAGAACAAAAUCACUGCAGACACUGGAAAACCCUACAAUACAGGGAAACACAGCUCUGCCAGUUAGCCAAGGUACAAGAAUUGAAGUAGCCCCUGCAAAACAACGAGCAAGUCCUCCAACUUCACCUGCCUUCAUCUCCAUCCAGUCGGCUGCUAAAAAAGAGGUGCCUCCACCAAAGACCACAAUCUGCCAGACAUGUCAGCACAGCCCAAAGACAGAGGAGAAAUUCCGGACAACUAAAACGCUGACAUGCAACAGUCCUGCUCAAAACAGAAAAAGGGAUCCCAGAAAAGCAGGUCAAAAACAAUACUCUUACAACCCAAAACGAGAGCUCAGUGUACUCGAGGUGCAGACUGACCCUGAGGGGAACAGUAUCACGGGCACUAAAACAGUCACAGAGAAUUAUGAGAAGACUGAUGACCUUGGGAACCGGUUUUACUCUUCCAAAACUUCCACUGUUGUCACUGCUCAGCCAGAUACUACAACAUCCACAAGUCAGGCAGUGGUCAGUCCGGCUAUGUAUCAGGUCACCAAGUACCCAGAAGUUCUGCUGCCGAUCAAUCAGAAACCUUAAAUCAUUCACAGACUGGUGCAGUCUUAUAGUAUUAGUCUUAUGUCUUAACAGUAUUAGCUAAGUGUUUUCAUAUAUUGAAUAUUAAUUUGUUAUGUUAAAAUGGACUACGGAGAGAAAGUGGAACUACAAUUCCAGGAGGGCAACCUCAGAAGCCUGUGGCAAGGUCUAACAACUUUGACAGAUUAACACCAUAGUUCCCUCCAGGAUCGUCCCAAACCUCAAGGACCUGGGAUUAAACACCUCACUGUGCAUGUGGAUCUUCAACUUCCUGACAUGCAGACCCCAUGUGAUGAGGGUGGGCAGACACACCUCUUCCACCCAUAUCAUUGACACCGGAGCACCCCAGGGCUGUGUUUUGAGUCCCCUGCUGUACUCUCUCUACACACACAACUGUGUAGCCACUUUCGACUCAAACACCCUUACCAAGUUUGCUGACGGCACAGCUUUGGAAAAGGCCUACCUGAAAGAAGUUAAGAACAUGACUUGCUGGUGUCAGGGCAACAACGUACUCAUGAAUGUCAGCAAGACUAAAAAGAUGAUAGUGGAAAAAGCAGGGAAGGAACUACGUCCCCCUUAAUAUCAACAGGUCCUCUGGAGAGGGUGGACAGUUUUGAAUUGUAAAAACCUGACAGGAUUACGUUUAACUGAAAUUGUAUUUAAUAUAAUUUCAUGUGACAAAUAAAUGUAUUUAUUGAUUGAUGUGCACACCUUUAUUUGCGAAAAUAUGAAUUGUGUUGGUUAUUAUUGCUUGUUUUUUAUUAAGUUAUUGGUAAUUAUUGAUUUAAGAUUUUCUUAUUAAUGUUUGAGGAUUUAUUUGUAGCAUGUAUUCUUUUAAACAUUUUGAUUUUCAUUUGAAAUUAAAUAUGCCUUAUUGGUUUUAAUUUAUGCUUUUGUGUUCGUUGUUGCUUUUUUGUUUUAACCAAGCUCAG